UCUUCUUGACCAGUACAUGGCAUUGUUGUGGAUAAAAGAGAAUAUUUCUGCAUUUGGCGGCGAUCCAACCUUAGUAACAUUACUCGGCCAUUCUGCAGGAGCUGAUAGUGUAUUACACCACAUUGUAUCCCCUAAAACGACAAAUUUAUUCCAUAGGGCAAUAAUUAUGUCUCCUAAUGAUAUGUGGAAUGGUGUAAAUGGUGAUAUGAAUAUCGCCUCAAAUGACGCUAAAAAAGCAUCUCUGGCAAUCGCCCAAUCAUUAGGAUGCUACAAUGGAUCUGUUUCAGACUUCCAAAUAUUACAGUGCAUGCAAGUUAAGCCGCUGAUCGAUAUAAUGUCAUUAUCUACGAAUACGAGUUGGAAUAAACAUAUGCAGCCUGUGGCGGAUGACUAUCUCUCCACAUCUGAACAGUAUUUGCCUGUUACUUUAGACAUUGUUUUAAACGGACCAAAUGCAUUGAAACCUUUUGAUAUUUUACUUGGGACCAACAAUUUAGAUGCAUUAAACUUUUAUGAUUUUCGAAUGAAGAGUUUGUUAACAAAGAGCUAUAGCCAGAUUCACGAUUUUGCAUUCGAUAAAGUAGUUCCGGAAAUUCUGAAAGGUCUUUCAUUCAGUGAGCAGGUGCUACAAACGUUGUCAGAAGCAGUACGUUGGGAAUAUUGGACAUUAAGUCAAAAACAAAAUGUUGAGGAAAGUGUUAAGGCAGUGGAAGCUCUUGCAGCAAUGGAUUCUGCUGCUAAUUGGGGUCUUGGAAGCUUAAUGCUCGCAAAAAAGUUAUCUCGAAAAGUAUCUAAGUUGUAUGUGUACAGAUAUAAUUAUCCAUCUAAUGUAGAUUUGAAUGGAAAUCGUCUUAACGUAACAGGUGCUGUUCAUGGUACGGAUUUGAUUGCCUUGAUCGGAGAUGCGUUAAUGUUACAAGUGGCUCGGAGACCAGCAACGUCAGAUGAAAAAAGAAUGACGAAAUAUUUUCGAAGAUUUGUUGUCAACUUUAUAAAAUUUGGAUUCCCAAGUACACAGGAAAAAUGGUCGCCGUUCAACACAAACGAUGAAAACAUAUUUGAAGUGUGUGAUAGUAGUAUUGGCUGUGGACCUCGAAAUAUUCAAAGAGAUAUACAUUUUUGGCAUUAUUAUUUACCACGCCUUUCCAGAUCUACUUUUGAUGGAACAAGUUCUGCAAAAUUCGUUGAUCAAGGUAAUCGGUUAAAGGGUGGUGUGUUUGCAUUGUGCGGAGUCAUUGUGGCUUUAAUAUUGCUGCUUCUUGCAAGUGGAAUUUUGCUGCAUAGAAGGCGGACUUAUCGCCCUUCAUCAUCCCUUUCACAAAUAGCCUAUUAGACAGCUCUGGAAAUAUAUAUAUUUUGCUUAAAACAAA